CUUGUAAAAAAAUAAGGAGUAUCAUAAAAUAAAAACAAUCAUAAAUCAUAAAUACUUUAAAAGGUGCUCAUUUGAGUCAUUUCAUCUCUAUAUUGUUGUCAUUCUGUUCCUCUUGAACAUUGCUUUUAUCCUGGCUAUGGUAGUUUGCAUCUUUUUUUUUUAAAUUACUAGAUUGAAGAAGCAACCCGUGAGUAUACGUUUUUCUAAUAAAUUUUUGUGCGAGCGGGAAGUAGUACAGAGCCUGGGAGAAGAGAAGCUGGAGGAGUUCAGCACUUAGGAUCUGACAAUCUGACAUUACUAGGGGCCAUUUGGCUUGGCUGAGUUGGACUGAGAAAUCAUGUCACAGACCAACUGGGAAGCUGAUAAAAUGUUAGAUGUGUAUAUUUAUGAUUACUUAGUGAAGAGAGAUUUAAAAGCAACUGCUCAGGCUUUUCAAGCUGAAGGGAAAGUGUCCUCUGACCCCGUCGCGAUCGAUGCACCUGGCGGGUUUUUAUUUGAGUGGUGGUCAGUUUUUUGGGAUAUAUUUAUUGCUAGGACCAAUGACAAGCACUCUGAUGUUGCCGCCUCCUAUAUUGAGAAUGUGCAGACUCAACUGAUGAAAGCACGGGAGCAGCAACAGCAACAAGCACAACAUCAAUCGCAACAACAACAGCCACAACAAAUGCAGAUCCAGCAACAACUUCUAAUGCAGAGACAAGUUCAGCAACAUCAACAGCAACAACAACAGACACAGUCACAACAGCAGCAGCUGCAACAAAGGAGAGAUGGUAGCCAUAUGUUAAAUGGAACGCCCAACGGAAUGGGAGGAAAUGAUUCUCUCAUGAGACAGAGUCCUGGUGCAAAUGCGUUGGCUACAAAAAUGUAUGAAGAAGGAUUGAAAGUUCCUGGUCAGAGAGAUCCUAUGGAUGAUGCUGCUGCUAUGAAGCAAAGAUUUGGUGAGAAUUCUAGCCAGCUGUUGGAUCCAAACCAUGCAUCCAUUCUAAAAUCUGCAAGUGCUCCAUCUGGCCAACCUGCUGGUCAAGUGCUGCACAGUUCAGCUGGUGGUAUGUCUUCACAAGUCCAGGCUCGGAGCCAACAACUUCCAGGGACUACACCUGAUAUAAAGCCUGAAAUCAACCCAAUGAUUAAUCCCCGGACUGCUCCUGGACCAGAAGGAUCGCUGAUGGGGAUUCCUGGUUCAAAUCAAGGUGGUAACAACUUGACUUUGAAGGGGUGGCCUUUGCCUGGUUUCGAUCAGCUACGUUCCGGGAUUCUCCAGCAUCAGAAGUCAUAUAUGCAGGGCCCACAGCAGUCCUUUCAUCAACUACAGAUGCUGUCACCUCAGCAUCAGCAUCAACUACUGCUUGCCCAGCAAAAUCUGACGUCUUCACCCUCCACUGCAGGUGGUGAUGCAGAAAGUAGAAGGCUCAGAAUGCUCUUUAAUAGCCGGAACAUGUCUAUUGGGAAGGACAGUCUCUCUAAUCUGGUUGGUGAUGUUCAGAAUAUGGGAUCACCAUUGCAGGCUGGUUGCUCUGUUUUACCUCGUGGAGGAGAUCCAGAUAUGGUAAUCAAGAUGAAGUUGGCACAAAUGCAACAGCAACAACAACAUUCACAAAAUCCCCAGCAGCACUUACUUUCUGGUCAGCAACCACAAAGUUCAAACCACAGUCUUCAACAAGAUAAACUCUUGGGAUCCGGAAAUGUUCCCGGGGAUGGAAGCAUUUCUAACUCAUUUCGGGCUAAUGAACAGGUGUCAAAAAACCAGAAUGGGAGAAAGAGGAAACAAACAGUGUCAUCUUCUGGGCCUGCAAAUAGCUCUGGAACAGCUAACACAGCUGGGCCUUCUCCCAGUUCAGCUCCAUCCACUCCGUCCACUCACACUGCUGGAGAUUCAAUGUCAGUUCCUCCCAUGCAACACAGUGGUAGUUCUUCAAAGCCAUUGAUGAUGUUUGGAACUGAUAACAAUGGGGCUCUUACCUCACCUUCUAACCAGUUGUGGGAUGCGAAAGACAUUGUGCAGGCCGACAUGGAUCGUUUUGUGGAUGACGGUUCCCUUGAUGAUAAUGUUGAAUCAUUUUUAUCUCCGGAUGAAGCAGACCCGAGAGAUGCAGUUGGUCGUGGUAUGGAUGUUAGUAAAGGGUUCACAUUUACGGAAGUAAACUCUGUUCGUGCAAGUGCGAGCAAAGUUGUCUGCUGCCACUUUUCAUCAGAUGGAAAACUACUAGUCAGCGGUGGCCAUGAUAAAAAGGCUGUUUUGUGGCAUACCGAUACCUUAAAGCCAAAAACUACACUUGAAGAGCACUCGUCACCAAUAACUGAUGUUCGCUUCAGUCCUAGCAUGGCCCGCCUUGCAACUUCGUCUUUUGACAAGACCGUUAGAGUUUGGGGUGCUGAUAAUCCUGGAUACUCACUCAGGAACUUCACGGGGCAUUCAGCUGGGGUAAUGUCACUUGAUUUUCAUCCCAAUAAAGAAGAUCUGAUCUGUUCCUGUGACGGGGAUGGUGAGAUUAGGUACUGGAGCAUCACCAAUGGUAGCUGCACGCGGGCAUUCAAGGGUGGGACUGCACAGGUGAGAUUUCAGCCUCGUCUUGGACGAUAUCUUGCUGCGGCAGCUGAGAAUGUUGUGUCAAUUCUUGAUGUGGAAACACAAACGUGCAGACAGACAUUAAAGGGACACACAAAACCUAUUCACUCUGUCUGCUGGGACCCAUCGGGGGAUCUCCUGGCAUCAGUUAGUGAGGACUCUGUGAGAGUGUGGACGCUCGGUUCAGGAAGUGAAGGAAAUUGUGUGCAUGAACUCAGUUCAAAUGGCAACAAGUUUCAUUCUUGUGUUUUCCAUCCUUCCUACUCGUCAUUGUUAGUUAUUGGCUGUUACCAGUCUUUGGAGCUAUGGAACAUGACAGAGAACAAAACAUUGACACUUUCUGCGCAUGAAGGAUUAAUCGCUUCAUUGGCUGUAUCAACCGCUGCAGGUUUGGUGGCUUCUGCUAGCCAUGACAAGAUCAUUAAGCUUUGGAAGUAGAGACUGUAGUGGAUGUUUUGCUAUCAUUGGUGCAUCCUUCAUGGUUCCCACCCUACUCACCUGUUGUACUUCAUCUGUAUUUGACAUUUCCUCCCUUUUUCCGGUCUUUACUUCUGGGUUUUGUUUUGUGCAACUUGAAUUCUGUAGUGAGUCCCAAAAAAACUUCAGCUGUGAUAAUCAAUUUUUACUCGCAGUUAAAGCUAAAUAAGCAACAAGGCUUAGAGAGACCGCACAUCAGGAAUUUGCUUCGCAAUUAGCCACUAACAAAAUAUAGUCACCAAACAAGCACAUAACACCUUUGUCAUAAAGAUAUAAUGAAUGCGCUUCUUCAGUUUUGAGUCGAGACUUUUGGUCGUAGUCACAACAUUAAAUGUCAUACAAUUAUUU